CUGGCCCCUCCCCUCUCUUCUCCGGCUUGCCGGCGUUGAGCAGGGCGAGGGUCCCACCCUUGUGCAGUAGUAGCUAGGUGUAGCUUCUUGAGUUUGUCCUUGGUGGCGUUUGGCUUCAUGCAUGUUUGCUGCUUAGCUCUCAUGCUUGUGAGCAGCAUGAGUGGAGCUCCGGUCCACUCCUUCUGCCCCCUUCCGAGGUGGGAGGUGACUGGGGGUGGUGGAUCUUUGGAUUGCAGCCUAAAUAAGCUCACUUCUCUCCUUUCCUGUGUUCCAAAUCGAGAGGUGCUUGGGGGCUGCCUGCUUCUGGACUAUCAUUCUCGAGGUCACCGUGGUGGUGAAGAAGAGGAAAAAAAGAAGCAACUUCUAGGCAGAUCUGAAGGAAAUCUGGUGAAGCUUCAACUUUCAGGUCUUGUGAUUAAAAUUUUCGAGUUGGAUUCCCAGUCUGUUGUUGAGUCUGCAGUUGGAGGUGCUCAUCAGCAAUGGUUCGUGGGAAGCUACGCCGCCCAUGCUGGUGGUCGAAGGGCGGUCUCCUUCAGGAGCUACGCCGCCCACCAGUUUGGUCGAUUGGCGGUCUUCUUACCACCGUUGCUUCUUCUGGUUGAAUGGCAACCUUCUUUCCUCCCGGCCAGUGUGCCUAUAGGGAGGCAGCAGUCCUUCCUCUCGGCGUCCAUGGAGUUUUUCCAUGGAAACUUCGCCGUCCCAAGUGGUGUCAUCCCCGGUGGCGGCGAGGUGCUCGUGCAGGAUCGACUUUGGUUCCGAUUGCGUUCUCCAUCAGAUGUUCGAGGUCUUCUCUGCAAAAGACAGGGACCACUUUGUAAUUUCCUGUUUCCUUUGGAUCAAUAUGUAAGGUGUACACUUUUUAUUUUAAUAUAAAUGGUUCUGUCGGGGUCCUUCGAGACCCCUCU